GAAAGAGGCGGCUUGGACGGAAGGCUUCGGCCUGGCUGGCGAUCUCCCUCUCUGUAGCGUGUUCUUUCUCCUCUGUCUCCUCCUUCCUCUGCUUCCUCCUCCUGUAAUUCUCGAUUUGUAGCCAAACCAUGGUUUGAGUGAAACUAGUAGCUGGAUCCUAACAAUUGGCAUCAGAGCCGUUCGAUCCUCCUUCAAAUUCCUCAAAAAAUUCCACCAAAAAUUUCUUCUCCAUCCUCCGCUUGCAUCCUGUUCGACAGAAUGCCAAGCCACAAAUUUGCCUGCCCCGAGGGAGUUCUCCACGCCCGGAUCAACGACGUUCGCCAGGCGGUCACCGUCGAGUCGAUUCGCGAGUUGUUCCGUCGCUCCGGUGAUGGGAAUGUGAUCUGCGCUUACGAGCGGGUGGUGGACGGGAUGUACGGCGUGGAGGCAUAUGUCGAGUUCCGGUCACGAUGGAGGGCGACCCGAGCUCGAGAUGCCCUGGAUGGCCAUGCCAUCUACGAGGGGUGUUGCAUCCUUGCCGUGGACCUCCUACCACCGACCUACACCACCAUCCAUGCCGGAUGACGACGGGAUGGCGCCGUCGUACUUCUACGACGACACUCCGUACGCGGAAUGGGAGGCAGCGUUGGAUGCGGUCCAGCGCCAUGAUGUGGUGCCCGAUGCUUCCACCGACGACCUCCAUCUCGAGGCGUCCAUGGGCGCCAUCAGCGAGACUCCGUCCGAGCUUGCCGCUCCUACAGCACCAACUCCGUCAGCCAUCCUGGAGCUCAGUGUGCAUGACAAGGUGCUCGAAGUCGACGACACCAACGACGCCACUACGACACCCACCACCUAUUUGACGGGGUGCCCAAGUUGAGAAACACCCGAGGAGUCGGUGCUCACCUCAUCCGCAGCACCACCUUCAUUCAAGACUGCAGGCAGCAUCGCCCCUGAGCCUGCUGCACCGGAAGCCAUUCAGAUGCCGCUGCGUUGGUUGUCCCUAUCUUCAAUCUGGACAACUUGGCACUCACUAGGUGGUCGACAAAGGUACCUGUCAAGAUCGAUUUUCCCUUGACGUCCCAGUUCACCCAAGUCAAUGAUGGCAAAGUUGAGUCGCGGCCAUUACCAUGGCCAUCCUUUGCGUGCAUCCAGGCAUAUACAUUGGUACAGUUGGAAGAAGUUCUGAACUUCGCGAUUGCUUCAGCUAGUUUACCUGUGCAACAUUCAGUUGGGUUGCUGCAUGAUUGGUAUUUGUGCUUUACAAGAUUCAGACCCACUGAUGCAUUUUUUGCCACGCAUGAGAUGCAAAUUCUUGUCUGGAUGAGGAGCUUAUUAAUUAUAUCGAGUGAUAUAGUCUAUGCACCAGCUCAUGCUGUGAUUGGGGAUUUGUGCUGUGAGCUUCAGAGCAAGGAAAUUCUAGUACAAAGAAUAUAUUGUCAUCUGAUUGCGGAAGUAUGUUUGGAAGCACUGAGGUUUUCAUGGCUGCCACUUCAAGGUAAUAUCUGUAGCCCACUCGCAAAUUUUCUACUGAAGAAAUCAAUUGGCAUAUCUCUGCAAUCCUAUUGGGAAGGUACAAAUUCUUUUGCGGUGAUGUUGACACCAAGUCUGCAAAUGUACGAGCAUAAGAACAAAUUCAGUUUACUGGAGCAUGAUAUAUCAGUGGUUCUCCGUGUUGCUCAUGGUAGUAUUGUAAUUCAGUGCAUCCUUGUGCAUCAGAAGAUGCCCAAUUGCAGUUUCGGAAACACAUAUAGAACAAAGAAUUACAUCGGAAUAGUUGCAUAUGCGGACUCCCAAUGGGCAACUACAUGGUUCUUUUCCUUGGUGUGUGUGGCUGUAUAUAAGAGGUUCCAUGGCAUGUAUUGUUCCGUUGCACGACAUGACAUCACCACUUCCAACAGUGCAUCAUUCUUCUUAAGGGGGCCUCCUUAUUGUUUAUGUCUUGGAGGAGAUAUGCUAUAUAGUAGCAUUAUCAGUGCACAUAUGGCAUCUGCUUCGCUGGCCAGAAAAGGGUUAGGCAGAGAUGCUCAUUUCUUGUUCCUUGGGUCCUCUUGCUCUGAUUCAGUCCUGUUGAUCUUUGAAACAUUCGACUGGCGAAUUGCCUGGCCACCCCCCUCUAGAGGUCAUGUUCUUGUCUCCAGCUAUAUCAACUGCUUCAGUUUCUUCCAAGUUUACUUGGUUGUGGAUCGCUUCUCGUUGAACUUGUUGGUUUUGUGUGUGGCUGAGCUCUUCACCUAUAAUUCUGAAAUUUCCCAAUGGAUAAUAGCUUGGUUUCUCAAGUUGGGGCAUUCUGCCAGUGCUAUCAUGUUGAAGCAAGCAUUCUCUCAGUCACUGGAAUUAUGGCAUAUUACUGUUCUUGGUAGUACUUUGAAGACAAGUACAAUUACUCGUCCUCUAGUCUUGCUUCAUUGGGAUCCAGGUGUGGGCUUCAUAAAUGACAGUUGGCUAUGCUGGAAAUGUUUCUCCUUGAAAGACAAUUUCAGCUGGCCUCAGUUUGUUACAAGAAAUUUGUUUGUAACCUCACAAUGGAACCAUGGUCUGCUCAGCUUGAUCACUCUUGCAGGGUGGGAGUUCACAAGUAGAUACAUGUCGAUUACCUACAGUAAGCUUGUUCAGGUUACUGGUCAUCUCUCUUCACCUUAUAAUCCACCUGCCACAACUGAUUGUAUAUGGACCAACGACAGGGGGAAAAUAGAAUGGAGUCUUGGUAUUUUCUUGGACUUAAGAAAUUGCAGAGAGCUGGAGCACUGGACACGAGAGUCUGAACUGAAUUUGAGUGAAAUACCAGUUUCAGAGACUAGAACAAGUGGGGCACCAAACAUUAAAAUGGAUAUUGUGUGCCGACUUAUUCAUCAAUGGAAAGAAUAUUUUCUUGAUGGGAGGAUUGCGACGUUGCCCAUGAUAAAAAUUGGAGAAGCUAUCACAUAUGUGAGGGUUGAGAGCGACAACCGUGCAUGGCUGCUUUGUCCAGAGCAGUUCUAUACUAGCCUUGAUGGAAUUCUGCCGUUCAUAUGCGACUUGGGUAACUCCAUGUUCUUAUGUGGCUGAGGGCUACCGGUGCAGAGAUGCAGGCUUUUCUCUUGGUGUCUAUAUAUCACCUUUGCAGGUACAGCAAGUUGAUUGUGUUGCCUUGCUCAAUCCUAAGGGGGCAGUGGAUCAGUCGUGGGUUUUCUAUUCUAAGACCUGGCGGCGAGACAAUCCUGACAGCUUGGAUCAAUGGUCUACAAUUAGUCAACCAAGUGCUCUGUGUUUGACUCUAGUUCCUGGUGUGCUCAUUUUACAAAACCAGCAACUGACUUGGGAUCCAGGUGAGAAGAUACUUGAUUCGGUUCAGCUUGCAGUACAAGUGCCUUGGGAUCCCGGUGGUUCGACAGCGAAUCGGCUUGAGGGCAAGCCGAAACUUAUGGAGGGGGAUUGUCAGCGACCAUACUAUGGGCCAGCCCUAUUCGCCUCGAUCUGGGCCAGAAGAUGGAUGGGCUCCAACUACAAAGGGCACAGGGGUGCCCACGAAAGAGGCGGCUUGGACGGAAGGCUUCGGCCUGGCUGGCGACCUCCCUCUCUGUAGCGUGUUCUUCCUCCUCUGUCUCCUCCUUCCUCUGCUUCCUCCUCCUGUAAUUCUCGAUUUGUAGCCAAACCAUGGUGAUUGAGUGAAACUAGUAGCUGGAUCCUAACAAACUCCUUGAGACGUGAGGCUGCAGUUCAGUUCCUAUUGAAGAGAAGGUCAUGAUCCUAUUCAUCCUCUCUCGGAUCCACUUCUUCCAACCAUUCAAUCUCUUCUGCAUCAGUUCUGACCACGCUGCAGUCCGAAUCAUCCUUUUCUUGGCCAAUCAACUAAUAAUAUAUCUCAAGGUUAUCGAUGCAGUAGUCAUGGAGGUGGGGGUGUGGUGCACACAUCUGCAGAAGACAACAAGGAAUUGAUCUUAUAGAUACAUGGAUUCCUCUUUCAGCUACUCAAGUGUACAGAGGAGGAGGAAAAAAAAUAGUGGCUGCCAAAAUUCCUGGAGAAAACGGCUGCUCACAUGGUCAUAGCCCAGGAGAUCAGGCAGGCGCUUAUGCAGUUCACAGUCAAUGGAUUCCAUUAUGCAUACUCUUAGGCCUUCCACUAUGUAGGCCAAAAGUGAUGCCAUAUUCACUUUUGAUUCAUUUGGCACCGGUGCCCUUCAUUGCCCAGCUGGUGCCUUAAGAAAAAAUAUGGGAACCAGAGCAAGUAGCUGCUCCGAUGCCAAAUUCAGUGAGGCAAUAAAAAAUCCAUAUCUUGCAUGCAGAAUAGAUGGAAUGGGUUCCGUGUGAGAGGAAGACUAGUACUUCGAUCAAUUAUUCUGCUAGAUGUGGGCCAGUCUUUCACCGGUGCCACAUUGUCUACGUUGUGAGAGGGGUACCAAAAGCUUUUCAUCUGACAUCGAUGUAUAUGUGGCACACUUGUCAGAAUUUUGGCACCAGAUACAUAGUGGAGGGCCUUAGCAGUGAUAGUAUAGCCAAGUUCAAAACAAGUGGAGUAACAAUUCAUCGUCAAUAACGAUUCUCGCUUCCAGUUAAAGUUAUUUGUCAAUUAAUUUUUUUAGUGAGCCCAAGGUGAUCAUUUAUGUACUUUAAUUCUCCAAGUUACACACUUUGAAGCUGCAUUGAGGACAAUAGUUGUUUUUUUGUCAA